AGCAUACCAUUUUAUAGAUCAUUACAGACUUGUCAUUAGUGACAUUAGUAGUGGAAUUUAGAUGCAGUCAAUUUACUUUAAAAGUCAAAAGAGAAGAAAAUUACGAAUUAGAUAUUUAUAUAGAAUAUUUAAAUCUACGGCUUCAGUGGACAUGUGUCAAUCUAGCCAUGCAUGUUAAUCAGUGACUUUAACUCAGCUAAGUGUUGGUUUUCCUGGUUGGGUAAGAAGGAGCACUUGUUCCCUUUGUCAUAGCAUAUGGAAUAAGAAACGUGGCAUGUGCUUUUAUGUUUGUAUCUUUCUGAGUAUUUACUAAUGGAGCGUUACUCAAAUCAAAUGUGAAUAUUCCUUUGUUAAGGAUCUCACUGAGAGUCACUGCUCUAUUUUGCUUUUGUUCUAGUUUCUUUAUGUUUUCUUGGUUGAGGGGUCCCUAACAGAGGAAGCGUAUUCUAAUAUUGGCCUAACUAAGGUUAAUUACCAUUUUAGUUGUAUGUUAACCUGUUUGAUUUUUAAACAGUCAUAGCAUACCUGGCAUAAUAAUUCAUAUUUAAUUAGUUACAAAUAGAUUUGCACAAUCCACAGCCAAGUGACUUAAAUUUCUAUGUUAACUUAAAAUUCUUGACCUGUAUGGUGACAUUUAUGCACUACGCAAGACAGGAGGGUUUCUGUCCAGGGCUUUUGCAAGAGAGGAUUUGAGCCUCUCAAGCCCUCACUCAAAUGGAGUUUGAUGAUGAUGAUGAUGUUAACUUAUGGAUAUUCAAACCAGAAGACUAUAUAAUUAUAAAUUAAAUCAUAAUAUAAUAAGUGGAUAAAGAUCUUGAAAAAAAAACUGAAAUGGCAAGUAAAGUAAAGAGUGCUGACAAAAAUGUGGACACAAAAAGUAAUGAAGCCAUAUUAAAGCAACGAGUUAAAGAGUUGGAAGAAGAGGUAUCCUCUCUGAAGCGCAGACUUGAUGAGUUGCGAAAAGCUAAAAAUACAACUGUUGUUAAACGAGAGAGAGAGAUAUUGGAAGUGGGUAAUCCUCUAGCAAGAAGACAUUCAAAAACUAUAGAUGAAAAAGAAUUGGAUAGGCUGCUGUCUGAAAAGGAUAAAGAUUGGCAGAAAGAAGUGAAUGAAAUGAAAAAAAAAUUUGCAGCAGAACUGGAAAUGUUGAAAAAGAAAUCCACAGAGAUUCCUGAUAAAAACUCAACCUGCAAUCAUGAGACAGAGCUAGAAUUUUUGCAACAGAGAAAUGAGGUCUUAGAAAAUGAGAAUGUUGCAAUCAUGACUCAAAACAGAGAGUUGAGAGAUCGAGUUUUUGUGCUUAUGUCUGAUUUGAACGUGAAAGAAGCAAAGUGGUGCGAGAUGGAAGAAAAAUUUAAGUCAGAGCUACAACGCUCCUGGGGAGAAAAGUAUAAACAGUGGAUGGAUAGUACAGAAGCAAAAAUAAGUGACCUACAAAGGACCAAUGCCUUGUUACGAACAUAUCUUAAAGACCAUAAACCAACUGGACAGGAUCCCAGCGGCCAAGAGCCAGACUUUGAUCAUUUGUAGCUGCACUGAUCUGUCUAUUCAUUCUAUCAUAUUUUGAAAGCAUUUGAAAAUAUUACAUGGCAAUGUUCACACUAUUCAAAUAAGAUCAAAACAAAAAAACAUCUUAAACAUUUACCAAAAUUCUUUGACAAGCAUCAUGUUAGUUACUGGUAUGUGCUUAUGCAUUGUGUUUGUUUUAUGUAUCAAGGGUACCAGGGUGAUUUAGUGCAUGAUACAAGGGCUGUUGAGUAUAACAAAAAUGUCUGUGACCAAUUAUUAUUUUAAAUUACUAGAUCUAUAGCACAGCUUUACCUAUACUUAGCUGAAUAUGCCAGAGUUAUACUUGUUUACUAUUUCCAUAUUCCUUAGAUUUAAAAUCAGGCUGUUUUAUCUUGAAACAUUAUUUUUUUGUUUAAUGUGCCUUAAAGAAACAAUUUUAAAAAGUCAAUUAUAAUUGUUCACUAUUUUUAUAUAUUUUAUAAUAUAAAAAAAAUGGUGAUCUAUGAAAUUUUUUAGCCAUUAAUCAGCAUUUAUUUUAUAUAUGUCUAAUAAAUUUGUGUAAAUUUAUUAUGUUUGUAAUUUAUAUAUUUCUUUGUUGUCUAUAUAUCUAGUUUUCACAUUUUAGUUUCAUUUAGCCCAACACAUAUUGAAUAAUAUAUUAUUAUAAAUCAUUAGAAUAAUACAAUAAAUUCACUGACAAAAAGUAAAA